UCCCUAUAUAAAAGCUAUCCGUCUACCUCCCGCCUGCGAUUGUUCUAGGCUCUCUUCUUCUCGAAGAUUCUCAGGCUCCGCUAACGACCGCGGCGGAAUACCCACACCGACGAUUCUGAAAAGCCGGACACUUUUGGUGCUUCCACUCAAUUUCUGGGUGUCAAUCGGUGCUGUUUCUCCUUUUCCGCCUUCUAGAGUUAGGGCUCAGGGUUGGAAAUUGGUGAAUUUGUACAUUUUGUAUUACGAUAUCAAAAUUCUAGGGUUAGGGUUUGUUCAAUUUUGAAUUCUGUCUUUCUCUACUUUGUAGCUUUUGGGGGAUUAUGCCCAAUACCGUGUGUAACUGAGAAUUACUGAUUAUUAUUUUUUGAUUUGUUUGUUUACGAUUUAAUUAUUUUGGAAAGGAAUAAAAAAGAAAAAAGAAGAGUAAAAGAGUGCAAAAAUAUCAUCAAUAAAAAUUUGUUCUUGACUGCACCAUCCCAAGUUCCCAAUUCCCAUGUAUUCAUAUAUAUAAGUAUAUACAGAAAUAAUUAAACUUUCACUCACAUUGUAAAUGGGGAGCCCUGCAUUAAGCAACCGAAAUAACGGGCAGCGGUUAGGCAUUACAGAGCCCAUUUCUCUGGGCGGGCCGACGGAGUAUGAUGUGAUCAAAACUCGAGAACUCGAAAAGUAUUUGCAAGAUGCUGGAUUGUAUGAGAGUCAGGAAGAGGCUGUGGGUAGGGAGGAGGUUCUUGGCAGGCUAGACCAGGUUGAACUUUUUUUUUAUGUUCCUGCUGUUAUUAUUGCAAUGUUCGUAUUCGUGAUUGAGCUGAUCAGUUGCACAUUGUCUAUUGUGAAGACGUGGGUUAAAACAAUUAGCCGGGCAAAGGGCUUGAAUGAGCAACUGGUGCAUGAAGCAAAUGCUAAGAUUUUCACCUUUGGUUCAUAUCGGCUAGGGGUUCAUGGCCCUGGAGCAGAUAUAGACACACUCUGUGUUGGACCUAGACAUGCAACUCGAGAAGGAGAUUUCUUUGGCGAACUUCAUAGGAUGCUGUCUGAGAUGUCUGAAGUGACAGAGUUGCAUCCUGUUCCUGAUGCUCACGUCCCUGUUAUGAAAUUCAAGUUUAGUGGGGUUUCAAUAGAUCUUCUUUAUGCACAACUUGCACUUUGGGUUGUUCCUGAAGACUUGGAUAUAUCACAAGACUCAAUACUACAGAAUGCAGAUGAAAAGACAGUUCGUAGUCUCAACGGCUGUAGAGUUACAGACCAAAUUCUGCGUUUAGUCCCUAACAUUCAGAGUUUCCGCACAACAUUGAGAUGCAUGAGGUUAUGGGCAAAGCAUCGUGGUGUUUAUUCAAAUGUUACAGGUUUUCUUGGUGGUAUAAACUGGGCAAUUCUUGUUGCUCGCAUAUGCCAACUUUACCCGAAUGCACUGCCUAAUAUGCUAGUUUCUCGGUUCUUCAGGGUAUAUACUCAGUGGCGUUGGCCAAAUCCAGUCAUGCUUUGUGCUAUUGAAGAUGGGUCUCUUGGACUUCAGGUUUGGGAUCCUAGAAGAUAUAUAAAGGACAAAUAUCAUUUGAUGCCUAUAAUUACUCCGGCUUAUCCCAGCAUGAACUCUAGUUACAAUGUGUCUGCAAGUACUUUGCGUAUCAUGUUAGAGGAGUUUCAGAGGGGUAAUGAAAUUUGUGAGGCUAUGGAAGCAAAUAAGGCUGAUUGGGAUACCCUUUUUGAGUUUUAUGCUUUCUUUGAAGCGUACAAGAAUUAUUUACAGAUAGACAUCAGUGCAGAAAAUGCUGAUGACUUUAGACAAUGGAAAGGUUGGGUUGAGUCUCGUCUCCGUCAACUAACCCUGAAGAUUGAGAGGUACACAUAUGACAUGCUGCAGUGUCACCCGCAUCCAGGUGAUUUUUCAGACAGAUCGAGACCUUUUCAUAGUUCUUUCUUUAUGGGCCUGCAACGAAAACAAGGAGUUCCAGUCACUGAAGGCAAACAGUUUGACAUAAGGGGAACUGUUGAGGAAUUUAAGAAUGCUGUCAACGUUUACACAUUAUUGAAGCCUGGAAUGGCGAUCCGUGUAUCACAUGUAAAACGCAGGAACAUUCCUAAUUUUGUGUUUCCUGGUGGUGUUCGACCUUUGCGCCCAUCUAAAGUUACUUGGGACAGCAGGCGGAGUUCAGAACUGAAGGCUUCUGUUGAUGCCCAAGCAGAGAAAUCGUGUGAAGGAAAUGGAUCAGAUAGUGGACAGAAGAGAAAGCGGGUGGAUGAUAAUUUAGAGACUGACUCAAGGGAUGCCAAGUCUUUACGUCUCUGCAGUGGGGAAGGUAAAACUGAUUUAGAUGGAUCAGACAGUGGACAGAAGAGAAAGCGGGCAGAUGAUAAUGUAGAGACUGACUCAAGGCAUGCCAAGUCUUUACAUCUCUGCAGCGAGGAAGUUCGUAAGGCUAGCCCUCCUAUCAGCAAUGUCAGUUCGCGUUCCACAAAAUGUGACAGUAUCGAUGCAAACAAAAACCACAAUAAUAACGUGAAAUUUAGCAUAGGGAAGAUGGAAAACCCUGCAGACAUUCCUUGUCAGAAUGGUCAGACUGAAGUAUCAUCGAGGUACAAUCCACCAGUCGAUAGUCUAUCUUCUGCUGUGAAUACAUCAAAUUGUAAAGAAGAUGCACUGGAGAAGAUUAUUGUCGGUCCAUAUAUUUCCCACCAAGCUUUGCCAGAAGUAGAUGAGCUUGAAGAUGAUUUGGAAUACAGACAUCUAGUGAAAGACUUAUCAGGAAACAUGAAAGGCAGUCAAAUGGAGGCUUCGAAGGAGAGCGUGUCAGUUGCAACACCAGUAAAUUAUAGCAACGGAGCUGCUCCUUCCACCGAUUUAUAUAAUGGGGGAUUAGAGGAACUUGAGCCUGCUGAACUUAUGGCGCCACUCUCAAGCGGAACCCCUUCUCCGCCUGUGGCUCAGAGAAAGCCGAUCAUCAGGUUGAAUUUCACUUCAUUGGCCAAAGCUGCCGGUAAAAGCUCAUAAAACGGAAGUUCAAUGCCGAAAUCUUAUGUAUAAUGUGACUUUAUUUUCCCCGACUUUUUGUAAUAACAGUAUAAGGCUUUCAAGUUCUUACUUAUAUGCAUAACAAUUGUGAGAAAAA